UCUAGCUUCAAACUUGUCACUACAAAUACCCGGUCACUUCUCCAUCUCAUCUUCUCACCACUCAUCAACCUUUUUCUCCAAGUACAAACCAUCUAGCUCCAAAGAAACUAUACCCUUAAAAACCUAUGGCAAUCUCAAGGCUUCUCGUUGCUACCGCCGUCCUCUCAUUUCUCAUGCUCCAGCUCACUCAUGCUCAUGAUCAUCACCAAUCCAAUGUGGUCUCCGAAUUAGCCCGUUCCUCCGACGGUGGCUCUACUAAACUAGAUCGUGAUAAAGUUUGCAUUGCUAGGUGCCAACUAUCAAGGGCGCCAUUCCAUUGCAAGCCGGCUUGUAAGACUUGGUGUAUACUGUGCAGCUGUGUCCCUUCCGGAACUGAGGAUAACUAACUACAAGGAGUGCCCUUGAAUUAUUAGAAUAGAGCCAAGUUGUGGCCACUUUCCUCUCGAGAGGGGUAAAUAAGAAGAAGAAAAAAGAAUUGACUUUAAAUUGUUGUGGAGGUCUGACAUUUGUCAAGUUUUCAUAUUUAUGGACGAUUUUUUGAAAUGGUUUUCAAUUUAUUUUCUGAGUUUAUUUUGGAUGGCUCAUCAUCAUAAUGCCCAUACUCCUAAUUAAUUUUACCCAGAAAUUUAUUGAACUUUCAGUAUUUUUGGAUAAUUAAUAAUCAUUCAACUUGCUAUGUUCCAGUAAUAUUUAAUGGCCUGAUCCUAAAAAAUGAAUCAAUCAAUCUCAAUUCAUUUGUCUAAUUGCUACAAGUUAAAAAAGAGAGGUAUGGCCUAAUCCUAAAAUAUGAAUCAAUCUGUCUCGACUCAUUUGUCUAAUUACUACAAGGUGGAAAGGGAAGGUAGCUAAUGAUGAACUAUGAAGAGAGUGAUCUACAAGUCUUCUGCGAGUUUUUCUUUUUCUUCUUGACUUCUUAUUGAUGUACAGUUUUUUAAUUAUGUAUAAUAUAUCCGCCAUUAUAAAAGAAACAUUAUAAAGGGGGACAUACAUUCCUUCAAAUCCCAUCAAACUAUACUAGUUUGUCGUAUAUUUAGAUUGCAUAUCCAAGUCAAUCAAAUUUGAUAAGUAAAUAUUCAUAAAUUUGAGCAAAAGUGUCACCUCUAAUUCCCCAACUAUAAAAUCAAUAAUAAUCGAGACUAAUACAUAAACACCAACUGUAGAGCUAGAUACGUGAACUAAUUGGUUGGGCUAUAGUGAGAGUUGCAUUGUUUUCCAAAUUGAAACGGACUUUAAUUAGAGUUCGAUAGGCUAGCUAUAGCGACAAAAUUGUCCCCUCUAAUUAAAGAAGUUAAUCACACUAAUCUGCGAUCCCUGUACACCAAGAUACAUUGGACUGUUCAUUUAGACACAUUAGACUAUUCAUUGGUCUCUGAAUGGACGGCUCUCUGAUUUGGGCCCACUCUGCAUCUUCCCUGGUGUUUGCUUAUGCGCUGCCGUUUUGUGUGGUUUUGCGACGAGUUUGUUUUCUUCCUCCCAUUUGUUGUGGUGGGCCGUGCCGACCUCAAGCCGAUUUUCCCUUCUUACUCCUCCAUCUUCUUUUUGUAUGACCGAUGGUUGAUUAGAUGUUGGGUGAUUAGUUGCACUGUGGUGGCCCUGGCUUGCCGCCGUCUCACAACUACUUAGGGCUCUCUCUCUUGAUCCUUUACUCUGCCACGGAAGUCGCGCAGGCUUAAGUGGACGAUAUAUUUCCUCUCAUCUCCCUUUCCUUUCGCUUGACAGAGUGGGGUACGAAAUCUGCUUCAGGUCUCUCUCUCUCUCUCUCUCUCUCUCUCUCUCUCUCUCUCUCUCUCCUUCCCUAUGCCACAGAAUUCGCGUCGGGCUCAAGUGGGCGACUCUUCCUAGAGAGAGACUGAGUAUUUUUGCGUUUGAGAGGGGAUUCGCUGGUUCUUUAUUAGAGGGUACAAAGAGAGAGGGAGGGAACUUUUAUGGUUUGCUUGGAGGGCUAGGAGCCAUGUCUCCUUUUUAUUUUGGCCACACAAACCUACUCAAAGCAUGCUAUCUCACACCGAUCCUUCCUCUCUACUUUUAACACCCUCUCUUUCUCUUUGCUCUUUCUCUCACUUCUCUCUACACCAAUGUCUCUCAUCUCUCUUCCCCCAACCUGUUCUUGCUCCCAUCAUUUGUUGGAUUUCUCUGCAAAAUCUCUGAUCAAUUUGUUUCUUUCUCCCCUUCUCACCUUCAAAUCCGUCCUGAGAAUACAGGGAUCAGAGAGAAAACAAAAUAAAAAGUCGACCGAACCUGUGCAGGAGACAACGAUAAGGGUGAUCAAGAGGGAAUUUGAGGGGCCUAGAGUGGAUCAGGAGCUAUCUAGUGUUGUUUGGAAUGUAUUUUCCGAGGUGGAUGCAGGUACGAAGAUUGGUCCUCCCAUAUGUUUUUGUUUCCCUUGUCUUUUCCGAUUUCCACUCUCUGCCUAGAGCGAAUUGUCCAUUUUUUGAGAGGUCGGGAAACGAUUCGGAGGAGAUCCUAACCUUCAUGUUUCUAUUUUCUUUGUCAUUGAUGAGUUUUCUGAGAUGAGUUCAUUCUCUCUAUCUUCUUAUAAAGCUUUUUUGAUCUUUUUGUAGAUGAGAUGCCAACAAAGAUUUCACUAUCAUAGGCGAACAUCGAAUUCCAGCGAAAAGCUAGUUACUGAUGGCAAUUUGAACCCGACCCGCGGGUAUUACCCGAUCUGACCCGCGAUGAGGUGGGUAUUACCCGACCCGCAGUAGCGUGGGACGGGACAUGGGUAUCUACUUCUGAUCCUCCCUGUCCCGCCUCGCCCUGUUCUAUACCCAUUUUAUCUCAAUUUCUUACGGUAUCUGUACAUAUUUCUCCUAUUUUGAUUUUUCUUCACCCAGUUAGAGUCGAUAUUUCAAUUUGUUAGCCUAAAUUAUCCAUUCUAUAAUUACUAUUUUUCUUUCAUAAAGUGUUUUCCCCUUUGUUUUAUCGUAAAAAGUAAAAUUUGUGUGUAUUUUUUUCAAGUACCAUGUAAGAGUGGAUCGACCCGCCCCGCCCUGUACCCGCGGGGGUUUUACCUGCCCCGACCCGUAGUAGCGUGGGGCAGGACAUGGGAAUUGAGGUACCCGCCCCUCCCCGCCCCAUUGCCAUCACUAAAGCCUAUGAGUCCAACCGAUUGCCUUGACGGGAACGCAGGGUCUGUUGUGAGUCAUUUCCACAGUGGUUGCUGUAGCGCAAGGUUCUCGAGAAGAUUCAAAAUUUUAAUGGGAUUUGAGCAUCCGCAUGCAAAUCAAUAAAACAUUUAGCUUAGCCGAGGAGAGGAGAGGAGAGAAAGUAGAGAAUAUGAGUUUGUCAGUUUAUUCCUCUUUACUUCCAUACUCUGUUCUUUAAUCUUUCAUUAUUUGAUAGCGUUUUGCAAAUUUGAAGGAUGUUUUGCAACCUCAACGGGGACAAAGGAGUUGUGGUACACAGAGGAUUUGCGAGUUCCCAUUGUUAUGGAGGGCUCGAAGGAAAUUCGCUUUCGUAAAUGGAUCUGGCGAGGAGAAGGUGGGUGUCAUAGGUUUUUUUACUUCCAUUCGAUUCUGCUGUCCUUUUCUUUCUCACCUCUUUUGUCUCGGUUGAUUUGUACUUCCUCUGCACUACUGUAGCUGGCCGUAGUUAAUCAGUCUUUUUGUUCUCUUGAUGGUGGAACUAUAUAUGGGUCUCGAAGUUUUGUCGUCUACAAGAAUUAACUGGAGCGCACGAUCUGGUUGCUUUCACUUAUUCACGACGACCAAUGUAUGAAGGGUGUUGCUCCAGCUUACGAUAAACACACUUGGUGUGA